AUGAGUAUAAGUGGAAAUAGUACAAGUAAUGUAGGAGAACAGGGCAUUGGCACAGUGAUUCUAUUUUUGUCAUUUGGUGUCUUAGCUGCGUGUAUAUGCAAACUGAUACUUUCGCAAUUAUUAAAAAACAAAGUUCCGGCUCCAUUUACAGUGAUUGUUCUCAUAUUGGGUUUGAUUAUUGGCAUUAUUACGGCACAUAUUAAUCAGAUGAACAAUGAUUUUCUACUCGGGGAACAAGAAUUGAAUGGAAUUAAUCCUCAUCUUAUUUUUUUUAUUUUUUUACCAUUGCUUAUCUUCGAUUCAGCUUUCAAUAGUCGUUUUCAUGUUAUACAACCACAGAUAAUCUCAGCAAUACUUCUAGCUGGUCCUGGAGUAUUUAUCUGUACGAUAAUAGUCGCAUUAUGUGCUGUUUAUAUAUUUCCAUAUCAUUGGUCAUGGAUAGAUGCUUUGAUGUUUGGAAGUAUUCUCAGUGCCACGGAUCCUGUCGCUGUAGUUACAUUAUUACAUGAGUCUGGUGCAAGUAAAUCAUUGGCAGCAUUGAUUGAUCUUGAAUCAUUACUUAACGAUGGUUCAGCAUUUGUUAUUUUCUCUAUUUUCAAGGAUAUUGUUAUCAAGAAAGCCACAACUACCACGAGUAUCAUUGUCGAAAUUCUCAAGUUUACUAUGGGAGGUCCCGCUUUCGGUUUAGCUUGUGGCAUUUUAGCAGUAUUUAUUUUAAAUCUGCUCAAUAAUGAAUUGGAAAUAGAAAUCAUAUCAACAUUUGGUUUGGCCUAUUUGAUUUUCUAUCUUGCUGAUGUUGAACUUGGCGUUUCAGCUGUAUUGGCUAUGGUCGUCAUGGGAUUGUAUAUGGCUAAGCAUAAAUAUUGUAUUAGUAGUCGUGUACAACUUCCGAUAGCGAGCACUUGGCGUAUUAUUAUUUAUUUUAUUAAUAUUCUCAUUUUUAUGAUUACAGGAAUUAUUUUGGCUCAUUCAUUAGUUGGAACUCAAAAGCAUGUUGAUGCAAUCGAUUUUGGCUACUCAAUCGUUUUAUAUCUAGCUUUACAUAUUGCACGUUUGUUGGCCGCAGUUAUUCUGCAUCCAUUCAUCAAAUGGAGUGGUGUGAAUCUCUCGUGGAAAGAAUAUAUUGUUCUUGUCUGGAGUGGUUUACGUGGUAGUAUGGCAGUGAUCUUGGCGUUGAUGGUCGAUUCAGAGAAAGUGAUUGAUGAAAUGACAAGACAUCGUGUUCUGUUUCAUAUUUGUAUGAUUGCACUUCUCACUUUAACUAUUAAUGGAACCAGCAGUAAAUUCGUGGUGAGAUUUCUUGGACUAAAUCAUGGUAUGUGCACUUUUAUCAAAGAGAAAAAAUCAUACUUCAUCAUUCAUAUAAUUUAUGUAAAGUUUUAA